GAAUGGAGGAUUGGGGAGCAUGGGGAAUGCGCAUGCUCUCGGCGCAAAGAGUCAGUAACAAAAUGAACUUGAGCGACCUGCGCUCAGCGGCCGGGGCCAUGAGUGGCCUGUACAGCGCUGCGCCUGUGUCUGGCGCCCUCUGGCGGAUGGAGGGAGAGUCACAGCGGCAGGAGGGCUGACCGGCCGCCGCGAAAUGACGCUAUCUAGGUGUCAUGAAGCGAGAAUGGCGCCUGCUGGGGGCUCUGGAGCGAGCCAGCUUGUGUCAGCCCGGGACGGGCCGUGUGACGGGGGAAUCGCGGCCCCCUCCUCCCUGGACAUGCCGCGUGAUGGGAAUCUCAGCCCCCACCACUACGGACACGCCCACAGGCCCGUGAACACACUGAAUGCAUCCGAUGAAGUGAGCUGUAGCUCCCGAAAGCUUAUGCUCAGAUAAAUUGGUUAGUCUCUAAGGUGGCCACAAGUACCUCCUUUUCUUUGUGCGAAUACGGACUAACACGGCUGCUACUCUGAAACCUGCAGGGCAGGGGGUCUCCACUUGCCCCAUCGCCAGCGGCGUGCCAGUGACACUGAUAAUCCCCGUGCCAGCGAGAGACAAGCGAUGAUGUGGUUCUGUAAGCGGCCGUCCGCUGUGUCCCUGCCACCAGUCACUGGGGCCCUACGGAAGUGCAUCUAGUACUGUGUUUCCAGGGCUGUCAGCAGCGGACGCUCAAUGGAGGGCUCUUCCCUUGGGAUACUCCUUGACGUGUGCCACUGGAGUCUGUCCAUAAUUUAUAUAACAUACUUUUGGUGAUUUUCAAGACUCACCCUUUGUAACACUGAAACAAACAUGGAAAAUUAUGGAACCUCCUAGAAUGCAAUACGUAAGUUUUGGUGAACACCAGAACUGCCUUCCAAGCUAGGGUAACCAUAUGUCCCAAUUUUAUAGGGACAGUCCCGAUUUGGGGUCUUUUCUUAUGUAGCUCCUAUUACCCCCCACCCCCGUCCCAAUUUUUCACAUUUGCUGUCUGAUCACCCUAUUCCAAGCGCUCUCUGUUGUGAUGACUGAAUAUGUCGGGCCAGUUCUUGGUCCCAGUGAAGUCAAAGAGAGUUUUUCCACUGACUUCAGUGAGAUCCGAGCCAAGCUCUUAGGACCUGAUCCAAAAAGCCUUUGCAACCAAUGGGUGGUUUUCUUUACUUGGAUAAGGCAUUGAGGGUGGUAGGGUUGUGUGUUUAUGGCAGGUGCAUUCUCUGUGCAGGAUGGGACAUUAAUAACAUUUUAUGUCUCUGAAAAGUGUUUUAUAUGUUUUUUGGAAGCACUUAGUGAUACCUACAGUUUGAUAGUUAUCAUAUUAGCUAAUGAAUCAAAGCAUUAUUUACAUACAUUUGGAAUACAUCAAAAUGCACUGCUGAGAACAUGGAAAAGAAUUGUUUAAGAUUUGAGGUCCAGAAUGACACUGCAGGGAUCCCUGCUUCAAUUAUUUUGAUGUAAAUAGUGUUGGUAACAAGUUCAAAUCAGUUAUUUCUGGAUUAGAUAUCUUAAUACUGGGCCCAAAACAGCCUCCAUAGAUCUGAAAACGAUCCUAUAUGGGUAUUUUUGUGCAGGACUGAGCUAUGCCACUAUAAAUUUCUUUACUAAGGACAGACGAAGACAAACCGCUAACUUUGCUUCCUCACUUAACUAACUCACUACUCACUUCAUCCAUUCAUUAUGCAUCACUCUAUUUUUCAUAGUAUAUCUGAAUAUAAUUUUGCAGUGCUGCCCAACUACAUGAAAGUUGGCCUAGCUUCUACAUGGGAGCUGUUUCGUUUAAGAAACUUCAACAUGGAAACACUGGGAAUGUCUCAUGUUUUAGCUGCUUCUAUGAACUUCUCUAUAAUGCUACUGUAGGUAAGGUGGAAAUUCAUAUGUUCGGCCACAUUCCUGACUUUCUGACUCAUUUUGUGCAAUAGUCAUCCAGUAUUAACGGAACAAAUUGAUAGUUACAUUACAGGACUGUAAAUACAUAAAGUCUAGCAAGUGAGUAAAGUACCUGCAAUAAUCAUCUACCAGUACUUUAAAAAGCCUCUAGAUUACUCUAUGAUUUAUCUGUUGUCUCAAUAAUGAGUUAUCUGUGUUGACUAUCCUGACUGUCUUAUACAUUUUCAAUGCACAAUAAAUUAACAGCAUCAUAAGGAGGCCUGAGCAAUAGCCUUUCCUGUUGUGAAUUGACCCAAGAUGUAAAUUCUUACAAACUACCUCAAUUUAUCCAUAUUUGCCAAUGCAGGACUCUGGCUGAGAUUCUGAUCUCACUUAUACUGGUAUUACAUCCAACGUAAUUAAAUUAACUUUAAUGAAAUUACUGCUGAUUUAAACCACUGUGAAAUCAGACUCAGACCCCAGGUGUGUACAUAAACUGCAAAACCGGGUGUAGUUUUUCAAUUUAAAGAGAAAAAAAGUCUGCAUUAUCCUUGUAUUAUGCAUAUGUACUAGUGCUGGUCAUGGGGUUAUGGUUAUGUGACAAGAAGGGAAUUAGUGGAUUCAGGGGUCAGCAACAAUAAGAACAUUUCUGUGUUCUCAAAUGAGAAAUUUUUUCCCCUUACUAUCAGCUUGUUCUAAGCCCACUGUAGGGAAGGUUCUCUGCACUAGUCCUGUCCAUCAUACCGAAUGGUGUCUCUGGAACCUCACCACACUUGGUCAAGUAACAUGGGCAAGAAAAAGCACAAGACACACCACCGUGCAGGGUACUAUUCCUGUCUGUUCAAAAUACAGGCCCCAGAGUAACAAUGACAAGAUGAUGGAUUGAAAAGUGCAACGUUCACAUUUCAUCAGAUCGUCAUCACCUCAACACAGCAUCGGACCAGCAGUGAUAUAGCAAGUCAAGUACCCAAAGCAUUAUAAACCUCCAUCAAUGUCCACCACAUGCACUUUGCAGCUCAACUUUCAUAUAAGAUGAUGGAUGGAAAUGAGGACUCUGUCGAAGACCAUCUCACUGCUUAUGCAAUUCAGCUUAGUCUUCAAGAAUCAAUUGAAGCCAGUCAACCAACAUCUUCCCAUUACCAUGAAAGAUUUGUACCACCCAGUGAUCAAAAUAGGAAACUUAUAGCAGCGAUAAGAGAAGGCCAAGUAUUUGAUCUUCAGAACUAUGUGAAACAUAAAUAUGCUUUGGAUGAAGCUGAUGAAAGAGGUUGGUUCCCACUUCAUGAGGCUGCAGCUCAGCCAAUUCAGCAAAUACUUGAAAUCAUUCUGGAUGCAUCUUAUAAAUCAAUGUGGGAAUACAAAACAUGUGAUGGAGAAACACCGUUAACUUUGGCAGCAAAAGCUGGUUUUGUGGAAAAUGUAAGAACGUUAUUGGAAAAGGGUGUUUGGCCUAAUACCACAAACAAUAAAGGAGAAACUCCUCUUCUCAUUGCUGUGAGACAGGGCUCUUAUGAAAUGGUAUUGACUCUGAUUAAAUACAACUGUCGUAUCCACCAGCCAUGUGUAAAACGUUGGUCAGCAAUGCAUGAAGCUGCAAAACAAGGCUGCAAAGAGAUUGUUUCUCUGCUUCUGAAGAAUGGAGGAAAUGUGCACCUGAAAGAUGGUUAUGGGGUAACACCAUUAGGAGUUGCUGCUGAAUAUGGACACUGUGAUGUGCUGGAGCAUCUUAUUCAUAAAGGUGGUGAUGUUCAUGCUUUAGCCGAUGAUGGUGCAUCAGUACUGUUUGAAGCAGCUGGAGGAGGUAAUCCAGACUGUAUUGCUCUUCUUCUGGAAUAUGGAGGAAGUGGUAACGUGCCUAAUAGGGCAGGACAGCUCCCUAUACACAAAGCUGCUUAUGAAGGACAUUAUCUGUCACUGAAAUAUCUAAUUCCAGUUACAUCCAAGAUUGCAAUCCAGAGAAGUGGGUUAAGCCCCAUUCACUCAGCAGCAGAUGGCCAGAAUGUGCAGUGUCUAGAACUCCUAAUUGAAAAUGAUUUUGAUGUCAAUACUCUUCUGGCUGAACACAUUUCUGAAAACUACGAUGAUGAAAGGAAAACGGCACUCUAUUUUGCUGUUUCUAACAAUGACAUUCUCUGCACAGAAGUGUUACUCAAAGCUGGUGCAGACCCAAAUGAGGAUCCUCUAAAUUGUCUUCUUGUAGCAGUGAGAGCUGGUAACCAUGAAAUCGUACGGUUGCUUCUAUCCUAUGGAGCAAAUGUCAAUUGCUACUUCACGCUCGUGAAUGAUACCCAUUUCCCCAGUGCUAUUCAGUAUGCUUUGAAUGAUGAGGUAAUGCUAAGGCUGUUGCUGAAUCAUGGAUAUAAUGCAGAGAGGUGUUUUGAUUGUAUGCAUGACGACAUCUUUGGAAGUUCUUUUGUGUGGUCACUUCCAGAAGAGGAGGUGUUACCAGGAUGGACAUCUUGUGUAGUAAAAGAUACUCCAUUCUGUGCCUUUCUUACAGUUCCUUGGUUGAAACAUUUAGUUGGACAUGUGAUUCGCAUUUUGAUAGACUAUAUGGAUUAUGUGCCUUUGUGCUCAAAACUAAAGUGUGUCCUAGAAACACAGGAAGAAUGGCCAGAGGUACGUCAGAUAUUAGAGAAUCCUCGUCCAUUAAAACAUUUGUGCCGCCUCAAAAUACGUAAACUGAUGGGACUAAGGAGACUAUGGAGACAAGCAUCAAUGGCGAAGCUUCCUCUUCCACCAGUUCUAAAGGACUAUAUCCUAUAUAAAGAAUAUGAUCUUUAUGGAAAGGGGCUAAAUUUAGCCUAAAUAUAAAACAGUCAUUUAAAACUUGUACAUUAAUUCUUUAGACUUUUUACCUAGAUUGAGAAUUAUGUAGUAUUGUUAUAUGUACUCAAAACAUUUGAUAUUUGCUGUAAAUAGGCCUUUUAUGGGAACCCUUUUUUAAAAAAUGUGGUCUGUAAAACUUAAUGUUUUUUUUCUGUUUUUACUUAACAUUGUGUCUUGAUAUUCUAAGAGCAUGGAGAAGGAGAUGAUAGUCAUUGGGCAACCCAGAACCUCCUGGAUUGGAUUUUAGGUGAGUAAUAUGUACAGUUCAACCUGGUAAAAAAGUGUUUUUAAUGUCUACUACGAGCAGAGUUUUCUUAGUGGAUUCUCUCUUGAAGAUGAUAAAAGAGAUCAUGUUUAAAAUGCUGAUUUAUUUUAAAAAGCGUAUAUAUGGAAAUUAGAUGUAUGAUGAAAACAAAAAUGUUCCCUGUUUCAUUUGUAUGAUAACUCUUGACUCAAGCCACCUUUCAUGUAUUUGGCUUGAAAAUAUAAUAUUGUACAUUUUAAAUCGUGGUCCUACUGUUAAGUGCUCCAAAAAUAAUAAAACAGUUCUCUUUUUUAUUUAGAUCUAAAGAAGUCAAACACAGCAAUCAUCCUUUUUAUUCAUACUGUAAAGUUUUAGGGGAAAGAUAUUAUGGCUUAGCCUUCUAUGGCUUUGGUAUUCUUUGGCAACAAUUGUGCAUGUCAGUGAAGUUCACUGUUAAGUCGGACAGCUACCCAAAAUAUUGCAAGCCCAGAGUUGUGCCUUUUGCUCAAAAGCCUCUGGUAGAAACUUAUUUGGACUGUUUAGUGAACACUGGAGUCUUGUCACCAGUUUCACACAGUGAGUGGGCUACACCCAUUGUGCCAAUGAUCAAGAAGGAUGGCUCAGUCUGAAUUUGUGGCGAUUUCAAAGUGACAUUGAAUUCAGUUUUAUGUGCAGACAAGUUUGACCCUACCUUGUAUUGAAGAUUUGUUUGCUAAUCUUAGUGGUGGAUAGUGUUUCAAUCAAUUGGAUUUGCUCAAUGCAUAUAUACAAAAGGAGAUUGAUCUGAUAUCUCAUAACUAUCUCACGAUCAACAUGCAAAAAGGCUUAUU